CUUGAAGGAAAGGAAGGCUCUCUCUCUCUCUCUGAUAUUUCAGUUUUCUAGAAAGGAAACCAAAAAAAAAAAAAAAGAAAAAAACUGAAAAUCUCCAUUUGAAUUCCAUUCUCGACUUCCUUGGAGAAAGAUGGCGUCCUUUGAUGCGUACGGGAUGGAAGGAGAAGAGAUUCACGCUUCUCCAAAUAACCAUCCCUUCGAUGUCGACGACGAGAGCUACUCCAAUUACGGCUCUUACUCCAACUUCACCGACAACCAGCAAUUCCCUGCGGAUGGUGGUGACGUGGCUGUGGAUCACGUGACUUCAUCUCCUGAGAUCUUCGGCUUCGGAUCCUCCGAUCCGACCCCUGCCUACUCGCAAUCUCCUUUCGGUACUACGAUUCCUGUCGAGAACGGAAAUGGAACCAAUGGAUUUGGUGAUGGAAACGACGACGUUUUCGCUUCGGAUGGACCGGUGCUUCCUCCUCCUGGUGAGAUGGAGCCUGAGGAAGGCUUCGCUUUUCGCGAGUGGCGGCGUCAAAAUGCCAUUCUGCUUGAGGAGAAGGAGAAAAAGGAGAAAGAGUUGAGGAACCAGAUUAUUGAAGAAGCUGAGGAAUAUAAGCGUGCAUUCUAUGAGAAGAGGGAAAAAACAAUUGAGACCAACAAAACUAAUAACAGAGAAAGAGAAAAGCUGUACAUGGCAAAUCAAGAGAAGUUCCAUAAGACUGCAGACAAACAGUACUGGACUGCAAUAGCAGAACUCAUUCCUCGUGAGGUCCCUAAUAUCGAGAAGAAAAGAGGCAAGAAGGACCAAGAGAAGAAGCCAUCAAUAACUGUCAUCCAGGGACCAAAGCCUGGAAAACCCACUGAUCUUUCAAGAAUGCGGCAUAUUCUUGUGAAGCUGAAGCAUGCACCCCCACCUCACAUGAUUCCACCCCCACCUGCUCCAGCAAAGGAUGCUAAAGAUGGAAAGGAUGAAAAGGACACCAAGAAUGGAAAAGAUGCUGCUUCAAACGGAACAACAUCUGCAGAGAAAGGGGCACCUGCUUCAUCUGCCAAAGAUGCCACCGCAAAUGGUUCCUCACCUGAACAAGAUGCUACUGCUGCCAAGGAUCAACCUGCUGCAGAACCAGAGGUAACACCAGCAGCCUAAUUGCUGAACAAUACAUCCACCAUGGUUUUUCCUUGCCCCAAUUCUUUUUUAUUUUCCUCAAGAUUUUGAUUUUUUAUUGCAUUCCAUAUCAACAUGGUAUUUCCGUCAUAAGGAUUUAGUACCAUUACUUCUACUGAACCUUAUUCUUAAUUGGUUUUCGAAACAUUUCAUGAGAUUGGAUUUCAAAUGUCAUCCUUUUAUUUGCUUUACGGAAUUAACUUUAUGGACAUAGUUUGUUGCUUGUGCAUAGCACCGAACUUGUGUUAUUAGUGUGCAUAUCAAGCAAAUAUAAUCGUUGGGGGGAAAGGGGUUCGUUGUC